GGGAUGGAGAUGAGAGAGUUGACUGUGGUAGCGGGGAGCUUCGUGGGUUUCCAGCUCCUCUUCUCCGGCAGUCCUUUACUCUCUUCAGCCAUCUCGCCAAGUUAUGGAUUACUGCCUCCCACCAAGCACACAGAGUGGAACUCCAGGUUGGUGUCAACAGUUCACGCUCUGAUUGUGGGAUUAUUUUGUUUGUACAUCCUUUGCUUCGAUGAGGCGGUCAACUCCAAUCCCGUCUGGGGGGACCCAAGUAUGGUCAAAUUAAAUGUAGCCAUAACCUGUGGCUACCUACUUUAUGAUUUAUUGCUGCUUGCAUGUAAUUGGAGCACGAUGGGGGACAGAUUUUUUGUCUGUCACCACUUGGCGGCGCUCUACGCGUAUGGAUAUGUGCUGACGCGCGGCGUGCUGCCCUACUUUGCCAACUUCCGUCUCAUUUCUGAGCUGUCCACACCUUUUGUGAAUCAAAGGUGGUUCUUCGAAGCAUUAAAGUACCCCCGCUCAAACAGGAUGGUGGUGGUCAAUGGCGUCGCCAUGACGGUGGUCUUCUUCCUGGUGCGGAUUGCCGUCAUGCCAUCCUAUUGGGCCAGCGUAUUUGCCACGUUUGGCACCGAAGACUUUGAGCGCCUGGGCUCGGGCGCCCAAGUAGCCUGGAUCACCUCCUGCGUGGCCCUGGAUAUCUUGAACGCCAUCUGGAUGUUUAAGAUCACGCGAGGUUGCUACAAAGUACUGGCCGGAUCGAAAGCGCAGAGAGGUCAAGAACAAGCGGACAAGAAGAAGCAUGCCAAUAACCACGCGGACUGAAGGAGAACAGGGGAGGGGGGGCGGACACGCACAGUGGGAGAGGCCCGUGUCUCCAGCCUGGAAUGCUCAAGCUCAGCCCUCGAACUUCCUCAAGUUGGCCAGUAGAAGGGGCUCUAAGUCCUCAGGUUCCCACCCGGAGACGCCACGCGGGGACUCAAUCAAGCACCAGCCUUCUCAGCCUCGGUGGUUUUCACAGGCAGGUUAGCGUAUAAGUGCCGCUUUUUGUUGCGGAUGACCAGAGCGCAUUUUCUCACAACCACCCCCCCCCCCACCCCUGGCUUCCGUUCACAUGACAGCUCCUCAUCUCACACCUUACGAGUCUCCUCUCGCGUCAGCCAAAGCCCGAUCCGCUGAAGUGCCUGCCAACGACAGGAAAGCAAUCGGCGCGUCGUGCUUGAGCAAGGCGGCGCUUUUAACAGUCCAAAUGUCCCACGCCGGAGCACUCGAAGCGCGUACCAAGUUUGUGAAUUGAUACGGCUCCCUUCCGUAACGCAGCAAGCAGACCUCGCCUAAAAAGGAACAAGACCAUCAUGCCUCGUCGACAGUGCGUGGCUUAUAGGCCACUCCCAAUUGGAACCACCAGGGGGGGACAAAAAACAAAAACACUAACGUCAUCGAUGAGACGCACGGUAGCAGACCUUCGUAGCUUUUUAUUUGGCUCCUCUCGUCCAACUGUCCAUUUGGAGGCCUCUUUGUGCUCUUGAUUUUAGAUAGCGUCAAGCCAGUCUGAGUAACGAGCCCACCAUUUCAUCCCCCCCCCACACCCCCCGCGCCCAUCACCCCCUUUCUACUGUGAAUGUAGCCUUUGAAAUGAUAUCUUGGGUGAUAUCGCCAGUUUUUCUUCACCCAGGUUUCAUCUCUCAGGAACUCUGAGACGAAUCAUGAGUGUGGGGGGUCGGGGGGGGGGCAGUCUUUGCUCUUUCACAGCGGCAUGGUGGUGGUGGUGGUGUUAUUUUUUUUUCUUCUCUCAUUUGGCUUCCUAUUUAUUUUUUUCAAUUUCACCAAGCAAUACGUCGUCUUUAAAAAGACAAAAGUUUCAAAUUCGAUUCAUUUUUGAAUGCGUCUUCUGAAUCCGAGCCAAACUUGGCGGGACAGCCGUCGGAGGCAGUGCGCCAAUCAAGCAUGUUGGAAUUUUCAUUUCUGUAUUUCUGUCAAGCAUGACGGCGUUCACGAUCCUCCCUGCAUCCAAACGAUAUGCUGCCGCGUACCACCAUACGCUAAACCCCGACCUGCAGAUUCUGGAAUUUGAGCUCCUUCGAACCAGACUGCGCUGUGCCGACGCCAACUCGAAACGAGCAACGCGGCUUUGAGUUUUCCUUGAAGAAUAACUCUCAAUUGAUUCCGUUUUUUUUUUAAAUGGUGCUUUUCCGUUCAUUCCAUCGUAACACGGCCAAGCUAGCCAAUCCACUACUCCGUACUUCCACAACAUACCAUUGUGACCGGAACUCAUCCACGGGAAUACCGAAGGUUCUGUUCAAAUAUUCCGGGACCCCUUUUCAAUGGAAAUGUAAACCGCAAGGUGGAAAUGAGGCAAUGAGGCUGCAUUUCUGUGACGCCUUAGAGAAAAGAAAUCAUCCGUAUCGCUAAAUGGCACCUCUGCAUAAAUUGCACCUUUUGCUCUGAACAUAGUGAAUGCAUGCACUUGUAGGAAUCUUUUUUUUUUAUUUUAUUUUUUUCUGCUCGCCAGGCAUGUCUCUACACACACGGUAGCUAUCCGGUUGCUGAUAACGUAUACGAGCCAGUGGCUCCGAUUUUGAGCGCGGAGCAAGAUAACGGGCAGGCAUGGAAGUCGUCUGCAUGUUUCCUUUUUCGACAUUGGUCGUUGUAUUUCUCAGUGGACGAACAGUGGCGGGAGGUUGGACAUUUUGCCGUAGAGUCCCAAAAAAAAAAAAUAAUAAUAAUAAACAGAAGCGAGAGAGCGAAAAGCACACUCCCCAACGGAGCAAUAACUCUUGACCUCCUGGAUUUCUGUCCGUCAUCGCAGAGGAGAGGCUGACACAUCAGGUGCCUUUUACGGAAACACGGACUCACGUUUUGAUAAGCAUGAGCUUUCUAAUGCCAAUUAUCCUCUGAUAUGAUUGUCAUUUAUGUACUCCUCUGUAUUCCACGUGUAUACUCGAUGCAUACUGUAUAUUUUUAUAAUAUGCCUGCACAAUAAUUAAUCCGGCCAAGUAUUAAUAUAAUCCAAAGAUGAUCAAGGAGGCUGUCACGUGAUUGUUCCGUUUGGGGCCCCUGGACCGCAGACGGACGGGGCCGCGUCUCCGUGAAUGUCGUCAUGGGUUCAAUGAGCAGCACUCGCGGUAUGCGGAGUGACGAGGAAUGGAAUCGAGUUUGAUUUAUUUUUUGGGGCAUGAGAUCUUGAAAUGGGAUCACGAAAUGGGUAGGCUGGUGUCUCACUACGUUAGCCUCCUCAAAAGCUGUGAAUAAACUCGUUCCGUCAAGGACCACGAAAGCGGACGAUAUCCCGAGGUCAGUAGGACAACGUGGGGCAUGCUGGGAUUUUGACUCGUGCACAAAGUCAAAAUGAAUCCACGUCUGCUAGUUAAUGGACUGGACUGUUGGAACUGUUGUCAGGGUUGUUUUGUUUUUUUUUUUUUCUAAUUUAAAACAGCUGCAAAUGUGCUUAAUCACACAUGUUGGGACUGGUCAAAAACGAAUUGUUUCCAGAACGCUGCUCAAGAUAUUAAGCGUGUUUACCGUUUUAUCAGGUUUGAAAACCACUUUGCCUUUCUUUCUUUUUCUUUUUUUCUUUUUUUUAUUUGAGGAGGCCAACGUGAUCAGAAUACAGGAAUUAUUGUAAAGCCAGUGUUUAAUACUACAGUAUAUACAAAGAUCUCAACUGAAUAGCUCACAUAGCAUCCUAAUUUGUGAUGACCGGGUGCUAAUUGUCACGCUGUCCUUUGGCUUGGGGUUAACAAGGUACAGUUUGAAAAAGCAGCAUCGCAGUUGGGUUACCGGUACUUGUUUUGAGAUUGUGCAUGGUUUGCAGACAGUUGUUUGUCAUUGUUUUAUGUUCACUUUGAUCACAUUGAAUGACUUGAAUUGCAAAGUCACAGGACAUUUGGAAGAACCUCCUGAAUGAUCAUCUUAUAACUGGAAAUAUCGUAGACAAAUCCAUUUAACACUUGUAACGGAUUACCACCGUGUCUUGUUUUUCUUUUCUUCCAUCGCCUUUUUUUAUGGAAUGCCUUUUGUUUGACUUUGGUUUCGUUCCUCCAGAUCUUUUUUGUUUGUUUGUUUUUGGGGGGGGGGGCAGCCUCGACCACGCAGAGGCUUAUUUUGGGGGAUUCUUCUGAGGUCGAUUUCUCGAUGACGUGGACAUAUAAUGGUUGUUAUCAACAAUAACCAUGUAAAGAUGAAAACACGAGAUUUACUUGAAAAUGCUCUUCAAUAAACUUGAAGACGGAAAUAAAA